ACGUCGUCACAUCGCUCAGCUCUGCCACCCAAUGAACAGAGGGGCUGCCGUGACGUCAGCAGUCACCUGUGUUGGGAUGAUUACGUGUAGCUCACCAACUAGCAGCAGCUAGCUUGUGAGCCGAGACAGCGAAAACAUAUCGACUAUCCCAACAAUAGCUAUAAUUUUUGUGUAUUCAGAAGAAUGUCGAAAGUACAGUCAUUGAACAUUUGAAAACACCACGGACUGUCGAAGUUAAUAUGCUGUAGCAGAAUGGAAUUACCAGGACAAACUUGUUUUGAGUGGUACUGCAUAAGGACUGCGGCUCUGUUUCAGCCCUCAGAACAAGGAGCCAUAAACUCCAUGCAUCGCGUGAAGUCCCUUACCCUCCAGAAACUGCAAAUUGCACUCAAAAAGAGACACUCACAGGACAGACAUGUUUGCCAAGUUAAAGAAGAAGAUCGCAGAGGAGGCUGCCACAGCACCUCGGAGUGGUGUUCGUAUACCGCGCACCAUCAGCAAGGAAUCCAUCACCUCAGUAGGGGCAGACUCGGGGGAUGACUUUGCAUCUGAUGGCAGCAGCUCCAGGGACGACCUGCCCGCACAGCUUCUCAGAAGGAAUGAUCAGAUACGGAAGCUGGAGGCUAAGCUAUCAGACUACGCUGAGCAGCUACGAAUUAUGCAGAAGACCAAGGACAAGCUUGAAAUUGCGUUAGAAAAGCAACAGGAUUCAUCCAUUAAGAAACUUCAAGACCAGAACGAGUGUCACCAGGCCAGCAGAGCCAAAGUGGCCGAGGGUAUGGCUUUAGCUCUGGAGAAGAAGGAUCAGGAAUGGGUGGAGAAGAUGACUGAUGUGGAAAAGGUAUAUAUGGAGAAAGCUUCCCUGUCAUCCCGGCUAGAGGAGAUGAUGGAGCAAAGCUUAGCACUCUUCCAGAAAAGGGAUGACCUGGAUGAACUGGAGGGCUUUCAGCAGCAGGAGCUCGCUAAAGUUAAGCACAUGUUGCUGAAGAAGGAGGAGCAGCAGAACCAGCAGGAUCAGGAGCUCCAGCUGAAGGAGGCUGAAGUUCAGUCGGCAAAGCGAGGGCUGUCUGAGGCUAAAGGGAAACUCCAGGCUCUGGAACAACAGCAUGAAGAGAGCUGCAGUCUCAAUACUGAGCUUGAAAUAGAGCGAGAGGAGCUGCUGCUGCUCAGAGAGGAGGCAGACAAGAAGAUGAGUAAGCUGGAGAGACGAUGCCAGGAGCUGCAGUCAGUCCUCCAGCAGGUCUCUGAAGACUUCCAGAAGUCACAGAGUAUGGUGCCAACUUUAGAGAGGUCCCUCCAUGAAUUACAGACUGAACAUGAUGCCCUGAAGUUGCAACAACAAAAGGCUGCUGUCACAGAGGAGGACAAGGAGCGCUUGUUAGUGGACCUUCAGAAGAAAGUGAUAUCUCUGGAGAGACGGCUACAGGGGAACCUGAGCCAGGACGAGCAUCUACAGGAGUUUCUCCAGGAGAAGUCCAGCCUGGAGCAAAGUCUGGAAGAGACGAGAGCAGAGCUGCUGCUGGUUCGGACAAACCAUGCUGAUACUGUCAGCUCUCUGGAGACCCAAGUAUCCAGAAUGAGCUGCACCAUUACUGAGCUGCAGACCCUUCUCCGACACAAAGACGACUCCUCCAGAGCCUACCGAGAGAGAACAGACACACAAAUUGCUGAUUUGGAGCAGAAUGUCGUCGAGAGUAGUGAGAGACUGAAGAGUGCAGAGCGUCAGAUCACAGAUAACCAGCAGCACAUGGAUAAACUGCAAGGAGAGUGGAGUGCAGAAAAGGCCUUUCUGGAUCAGCAGGUGUGUUUGUUACAGCAGCAAAGUGAGGAGAAGGCCAGCUGCCUGGAGGAAAGCAUCACUGCUUUACAGACGGAAAGACAGAUGCUGCAUGACAGAAUUGCUGAUCUGGACGACCAGAGGGGUGAGGCAAACUCCAUUGUAAGCCAGCGGGCGGAGGAGCUGGAACAGUGCAGAGCGGAGCUGAACAGUCGGCAGACAGUGAGCACGGAAAUUGCCAAAGCUCUAGAAGAAACCAGACGACAGAAGGAGGAGCUGCAAAUACAGGUUGGAGAGCUGACCACAUCUCUGCAGAGCUCACAGCAGGAACUGUCCACUGUCACUGAGAAGCUAGCACUGAAUGAGGAAGACAUCAAAACACUCCAGAAUGAGGUCCAGUGUCUGCAGGCAUCGAUUGUCAAGCUGCAAGAGGAGGUAGAGCAUCAGCGGGUCCAGUUGGAGCAGAUGGAGCUGGACAAAGACUCUCAGCUCAUCAGCCUGAGGGAGGAGCUGCUCAGCCAGACACAGCAGCUUGAUAGCUGCCAAGCACGGAUCUCUUACUUGGAGGUUGAGGUGGAAACUUUGACAGAACAGCUUCACAGCCCUGAGGUGUGUGAGGAGGAUCAGAACGGCAGUGUGACGGUAGAUGAUCUGGAUCACAUUCAGAAGGUCAACAGAGAGCUAGAGCAGCAGCUCACUGACAAGAACAGGACCAUCAAGCAGCUGCAGCAGAGACUGGCAGAACUGAAGAGGACGCUGCAGAAAGAACUGAAGCUGAAGCCUGAGCCAGAAGCUGAAGGGAAGGAGAAGUUUCCAGAAAGCAGAGCAGACAAACAAGAGAGGUUUUGUCCAGAGCUGCUGCCAGCAUCCAUGCUAAGCCCCCCGACCUCCAACACCAUGGUGACCAACACCUCAGACCUCAACGACUCACGAGAAAUAAACUUUGAGUAUCUCAAACACGUCGUACUGAAAUUUAUGUCAUCUCGAGAUGUUGAGGCAUUCCAGCUAAUCCGAGCUGUAUCGGUGCUGCUGAACUUCUCUCGUGAGGAAGAGGACAUGUUGAAACAAACUCUGGAGUACAAGAUGUCCUGGUUUGGAUCUAAGCCCUCUCCAAAGGGUACCAUCCGGCCUUCAAUCUCAGGCGCUUCGACUCACUGGAGCUGAUGAGCAGCAGAAGCGAUGGAGAGAAAGGAACCAAAGGAGGAAAAAGUCCUUCUGCUGUGUCUCCCAUCACUGAGCAGGACUCUAGCUUUAAACUUUGAACGGCCUCCCACAGUCCUCUCUGUCUCUGUGGGAAUGACUGUUUUUUCUGCUCCUUUGGGACAAAGAAGGGCUGCACAGGAUGCUCUUAAUCACGUGUUGAUUUCUAAAUGACAUUAUUUCCUUGUCAGUGGUUAAGUCGGAUGCACUCUUGACCAUAUGUUAUAGAGAGUAAACUGACACAUAUCAUUCACACUGGAGUUCAAGUGUCUCAAUUCUAGUUUUUCUUCACUGACAUAUGACACAGAUCUGAAGUUUUCCAUUCUGUGACAGAGAAUAGUGAGUUACAUGUCAGGAAAUGAGACACCAGAAGUAACAGACUGACUGUUAUCUUAGAGCAUUUCUACCAAGAUUCAAAUUACACAAGUCACAUCUGUUUUUGUUGGAACAAUGUCUCUUGAUGUGACCAUCUUCACUGGACAAAUGGUGCAGCAUUGAUUUCUACAAGUCAUCUGGUUAAUCUUUCAUUUUAAAUCACAGAGGGCUUCUUAAUGAAAAUGUGUCAUUUAAUGACCGCUCCACACUAUUACAUUACGUUACUACAGGUUUUCAAAGCUGAUUUGAUUUCAGUGUUGUUGAGUUUAUUUAAUAGUACCUGCCAAAUGGACAUACAUGUUUCACAUUUGUGUCAAAGGAUCUAAAUGUGUCUACAUGUAGAGAUCGAGCCUUUUCCAAAUGUUUGACAUGAAAGUGUCUUCAACCAUUUUCCUUACUGGAAUAGCAGUAAAUUAGUUUCAUUGUCUGUAGAAUUAUUUCUUAUAGCAUUAAGAGUAAUAUGUGUGUCUACGUUCUGUGCAAUUCAUAUUAGACUACUUUACUUUACAACUUGCACAAUCAAGGAAAUGCAAAUUCCAUAAUGUUCUUGAGAAAUGAGAAUGCUGACAUUUUACCAUUUGUGAUUGAUGAUAAAUGAUUAAUCAUGAUUAACUGUUCUUUUUUAAAUUUUAAAUCAAAAGUAAGUUGGCAUGUACCUUUUUAACAAAACUUCCUAUUUCUUCAGAUUAUGUAAUUGAAAUCACCUUUACAAGAUGAUACCAGUAUUACAGUAUAGUACAUACAGAGUUAAAUAAUCUGAUAACAAUAUGACGGUCAAUAUGUUUUUUACAUAUACAAAAACAUUUCAAUAGGGAUCCCUUAAAUUUGGUAAAUAAAGAAUUGGGACCAAGGAAAGAACGACAAACCUUUGACGAGUAGAGCUUGUUGUGGGAUCGUAUCUGUAGCUUGGAAAUGUUUCCUUGGAGGCUCAGGUCAGGGGGAAAAAUCUCUUUUCUCAAUUGCUGCUACUGGAGGAAUGAAAAUGGCUGACACGGCUAAUGCAAUCUGUAUGCACGGACUGUCCUUUAACACUAAUAUGAAUGAUUUGGAGCAGGGGUUUUCAAAGUCUGAGGCUAUGGGCCUCCCCUCAGACAAAGCUUAGGCAAGUGCUCCCCCUCCCCCCCCCCCCCUUAGUUUACUUGCCUAGUAGACGCUCAACAAUUGAGUCAAGAUUGCCUAAUAUUGAUAACUUCAAACUACAAGAAAUACAUUAACAAGGUCUGUCCUAAGGCUUAAUUUAGUAGUUUGUGACUCUGGGAAAGUUUCCCCAAAAGUCUUUCAUCUCUUUAAUCAAACAUCACACACAUUAGUCUAUUCUAUGUGAUCUUCCUUUGAUGUAAUAUUGUUUUACUUCCAUUCACUAAGCCUCCCCUGAGACUGUUCGUAGGCCCGGGCUCCCACUCUGAAAACCUCUGAUUCAUACUAUAGUUGUCCAUUUGAAAAUAUAACAAUGUGAUAAAAUAAGUGAAUGCUAUGUAAAUGAUGAUUGGAGGACAUGCUCUACCUUUACCUGCCUUUGCUAAUGUAAAUGAAAGUACAUUCCACAUGUCUAUUUAUAUAUAGAAAUAUGUACAUACUGUAUGCAUUGAGAACUUUAUAAAUCAGUGGAUGUAAAUGGUU